CUCAGCGGCUCGUUGGGAAACUCCCGGCGCCCGGGCCGGGUCUGGUUGCAGGCGGGACUCCCGGGCCGGUGCUGGGACGAGCCCCGGAGAUCGCGUCCGGCCCCGGCGGGGCGGAACCCAACUGCAGUUGAAAUAAACGAAUCGCCCCUCCCAGGGCUCCUUGCUUGUCUAGCUGUGUCCAUCUCUCCUUAUUCCUCAGCUGGAACAGACAGGAAUUUCCACAACAAUGAGAUCACUAUAUUGGGAAAUAGGACAACUGCCCUGAUAACUGAAACACGGCGAUUGUCUCCACCACCGAGCAUUGGCCAGUGUAGCUUUGCCACCAGAGCCUGUCUCAGUUUGUGUGAUCGGAAGAGAAGGGAUUUCUGAGAGGAUGGAGCCCCCAUCCAGCUCAAGGUCUCAGAGGUUCCACCACCCAGGACCACAACUGAGCUGUGACCUUAGAGAGAAGCUGCAGUAUUCACGGCAACUAGAUCUUCCUGCGCCUUAUUUGUUUGUUCCUUAUGAUAAGGAGAAUGAAGGAGACCAGGAUAUAGUGGCCUCGCUCUAUAGGUUUGGCUUUAUGAUGCCAGUGACGUUUGAGGAGGUGGCCGUGUCCUUCUCUGAAGAUGAAUGGGCUCUUUUGGAUGAAAAGCAGAAGGAGCUCUACAGAGAUGUCAUGCAGGAGACUUACGAGACUCUCAUCUCAUUGGGAUUUCCGAUCGCUAAACCAGAUGCGCUGUCCCAGAUGGAGCGAGGGGAAGAGCCGUGGUUCCCAGAUCUCCAGCGCUCUGAGGAAAGGGAGAAUGCAAGAGGCACUAGCACAGCAGGUGCUGGGACGGUGAGUGUGAAGGAGGGAACAGUUCAGAAAGUAUCUACAGGAGCAGAACCACAAAGGAUGUUCUCCAGGAGACACUGUUGCCCUGAGUGGGGAGAUGCCAGUGAGUGUCAGGGCAGGACAGAGAGGCUCUGGGAAGACCCUCCAGGCAGGAGUAAAUCCCCUCAUAGCAAAAGAAGUUUAGAGAAAUCCAAAGAGACCAGCACCCACCAGACAGCCUGCACAGGGGAGAGCCCAAACACAGGUGCUGAACCUGGGGAAAGUUUCAGUAAAUGCUCGCUCCUCGUUAAGCAUUGUCAGCAAACUUGUGCAGGAAAGGGUGCUUACAAGUGUAAUGAAUGUGGCCAAAGCUUUUCUCAACAACAGUGCCUUCAGAGACAUCUGAGAAGUCACACAGGGGAGAGACCCUAUAAAUGUAAUGAAUGCAGGAAAAGCUUCAGACACAAGACAAGCCUCGUUCUUCAUCGUUACUCAGUCCACAAGUCGGAGAGACCCCAUAAGUGUCCAGUGUGCGGCCAGCAAUUUAUCCUGAGAAAGAGACUUAUUGAGCAUCAGAGAAUCCACAAGGAAGAGAUGCAUAGAGGGUUUAACAGUGGGAUUGUGAGAGAGAACAAGGAUGAGCAUCCCCAGCAGAAAAAGCCAGUGGGAGCAGAGCCUCAGGAGGCAUCUCAGAGAUGUGAACGGGCAGAUGCUGGUAAGAGUCGGGGAAGGAGAGGACAGCGGCGAGCUUACCCGGCAGUGGGAAAAGACUGUGAAUCUGCUGUAUGCGAAGGAAGUUCUAAGAAAUUGAACCGCACCAUCGCCUACCAGGGAACCAAGGUGGGAGCACAACUGAACACACAGAGUAAAAGUAAGAGAGACUUUAGCAGCAGCUCAGCCCUUGACCUGCAUCAGAAAACCCACCCGCAUGAGAAACGUUACAGCUGUGCUGAGUGUGGGAAAAGCUACCGCCAGAACUCUCACCUCCGAAGGCAUCAAAAAAGCCACACGGGAGAGAAACCUUAUGUGUGUGCUGACUGUGGGAGUAGCUUUGGACGGAAGUCAACACUCAGUAAACACCUACGGACGCACAAAGAGGAGAAACCCUAUAGCUGCGCUGACUGUGGGAGAAGCUUCAGAGAGAGCUCGUACCUUGUUCUGCAUAAGAGAAUCCACACAGGAGAGAAACCCUAUCAGUGUCCUGACUGUGACAAAAGCUUCAGGCUGAAAGGGGACUUUUCCAGUCACCGUAGAACCCACACGGGGGAAAAACCUCAUAAAUGCACUGAAUGCGGGCAAGGCUUCAGGCAGAAAUCAACUCUGACUAAGCACCUGAGGACCCAUACUGGGGAGCGGCCCUAUAAAUGUCCUCACUGUGAGAAAAGCUUUCGUCAGAAGUUCUCCCUUUCCCAGCAUCAGUUAAUGCAUCAUGAAGCGCGACCUCACAAAUGCACUGAAUGUGGGAAAAGCUUCUAUCAGAAGUUCACCCCUACCCAGCAACAGUCAGCGCACCAAGGAGAGAGACCUCACAAAUGUACUGAAUGUGAGGAAAGCAUCAAUCAAACACAAAAGCUUGUUAUACCCUUGGUAAACCUCCAUGUGAAAAAGAAACCAAUACAGCAAGUGUAACUUCAGAUUACAUUAGCUCUAGCAGUGCAACAGGGACGCCACGUGUGAUAUAAAACAGUGGGGUGGUACUUUCUUUGCUUGGAGAGGGACACUUAAGUAGAAGAUGAGAAGGAUGGGUGGGAAGUAUUGGCUUAUUUAUGAUGGCAGAUACAAGAUUCAGGAGGGGAAAGGAGCUGGUGAAGGUAGGAACAGAUCCUUUGGCAGGGGUCGGGGGCGGGGGGGAUUAGUGGGAAUUUCAAAUUAAUGGAGUUGAAUUUUGUGGAGGACUGAUCAUAAGGGCACAGUGGCAGGAGCCAAGAGCGCCUGGUAAUGGAGAUAUGGGUCAUUUAAAACCUGGGAUGUUGGAGGAGUGGAGUGUGUGUGUGUCUUUUAGAGCUUGUCUAUAUGAGGAGUUCUGCCAGUAUAAUUAUGCCGCUAUGGUUAUACUGGUACAACUUCCUAUGGGGACACUUUUGUUCUGAAAUGUUGUGCGUCCACCUGGGGAGUGAGAGAUGUAUAAUUACAGUUGUGUAUGGCCUGUAAAAUUCCCCAUGCAGGCACCCUUAAUGAGGGAAGAUUAAAGGUGACAGCUGAGCAGAUUUAAGUCAGUCACGCUCCACCCCCACAGCAGCCAACCAUGCCACUUUGGGUCUGUCUACACAGCAAGGAGCAGUAAGUCUCAGAGCCCAGGUCGGCGGACUUGGGCUCGCUCUAAGCGUUAACAAUAGCCGUGAGAUGUUUCAGCGCGGGCUGGAGCUUGGGCUCAGUGAGUCUCAGCGCCCGGGUGGACGCACUUGGGCUUGCGGAGCUCACGCUAUGGUGCUAAAAGUAGCUGUGAGACCUGGCUAAUCAACCUAGGGUCCCAACCUGAGCUGCAAUGUCUACACAGCUCUUUUUAGCACAGUAAUUCAAGGUCAAGUCUGUUGACCCAAACUCUGAGACUUGCUGCUGCUGGCUGCCCCUCGCAGUGUAGAGUAGACGUACCCUCGCUGGCUAGUAGCACUAUUGGCUAAAAAUAAACUCACUUUCGUAAAAUAUAUGGUUAAUAACAACAACAGGAUUCCAGGGGGAGCCAACAGGGGAGGUAGGCGGCCUGAAUUCCAAGCUCCUUGCGCCUCGCUAUACCCCGCAGAAUCUGUUCAAAAUAACAGCAAUCCUACUACGAAUGUAGUUAAUUUAGAUUUAUAUCAAUGCACCAUCUGCUAAGGGAUCCCUGGAUAAGAGUUUGGACCUCUCCUCUUCUCCAGUAACGAAGCAGGCCUGCAAAAAGCAAACGCUAUCGGAGAGCUCAUGUCAUAUGGAGAUGUAGGAAGAAGCUCCAGAUAGAAUCCCGAACAAACCUUGCAGGUGGCUUCAGUAGAUCUCGGAAGAAUUAUCUGCUGACAUUGUUCUUCAGAGAGUUAUUGCUGAUGUGAAAAAGACCACUGCAGCUCCUCAAACAAGCCUACGAAGGAGAGCAGGGCAAGUUGAGGCCCAUGUGUCUACACUGGAGGACUCUGUAACAGCCAGUAACGCCUCCUCAAAUCAGCAGCUGCAGAGAAUUAGAGCCCUACAGGAGAGAGUGGACUAUCAGGAGGGCAGAACAAGAUAUAAUUUUGGUUGCCUUUCUGGAGGGCUUUGAGAAAAGUAAGUCUAUUGAAUUCCUAAAUAAGGCUGACCCUGAAUUUUUUAAAACUCCCUUCGGGAACUGAUUUUGAAAUUGAGAGGGAGCACCGUUUCUUAGCCCCGAAGCCCCCAGCAGAUGUGAGGCCACAACAUUUCCUCAUUUUUUAACGAUGAAGUUUUUAAAAUGUGGCGCCAGACAGUUCCAUACGGCCAUGGAAAUGAACAUACAAGGCCGAUGCCACGCUACAUUUCAUUUCCGGCCACGUUUCAGAUUGAGACUGAAGGAUAAUGCCGCGGUUUUGGCACAGCAACAGAAGCUAAGAAAUUUAUGGAUUCUCUGCGAGGGACUCUCUUCUGGUCAGCACCUGGAGACCGAUCCUUUCUUUUACACUUCAGGGCAUAGACUGGUCCUUAUUCUGCUCCACCCCCAAUGUCUGUAUUUAAGAGAGAAGGAAGAUGAUCUUUGCUUGGUCUGUUUUACUGGAAACAAUUUUUGAGGCUGCUUUUUCCUUGAAGAUUUCUGCUUCCUCCACCGAGUAUAUAAGAAGUCGGGGUCUAUAAAACUGCACCUGGAAUUACCAGUGCCAGUGGUAUGUGAUUACCCAGAUCCACAAUGAAACCAACACCCCCAUCUGCUAGGAAGAGCUAUGGAGGUGAAACAUUUACUUGAUGCAUAAUUUAUAUUUCCCUUGGACUGGGACUGAAUCUUAUGAUAGUGAGCGUCUGUCUGAUAUAGACAGUCUAUACUGGUUGCUUUUGCUUAACAGUUACCCUGUGAGACACGAACAGGGAAUUGCAGUUCUCUGCACAGCGAUUUGCUGAAUCCUUCUUUCUCACUGAAACACGCCCUUCCCCAAUCCGGAUCUGUAUAAAUUGCCUCACUCUCCCCUGCAGAUUUAUUUCCCUCUUCUAUCCCUCUCCCCCUUUUGUAAAUUAUUGUUAGCUGGCCUCACCUCUUACACCCACCUCUCACACCUCCAGUCCCCUGCCCUCCCUGACUCCUGCACCCCCGACAUCCCCACCCUGAGCACCAAAUGGGAGCUCCUGCACCACUUCUGCCACAUUCCCACCUGCACCCCUUGCACCAAAUGGGAACUUCCCCAGGUAAGCGCUCCACA